AUGUCCUCCUGGAGAGCCAGCGUCCUGAUGGCACUGUGCUUCCUGCAGCAGGCUGGAGGUCAGGGGAAACUCCCUGCUCCUCAAAACGUGACUCUGCUGUCCAAGGAUUUUGACAUGAUUCUGAUGUGGACUCCAGGAGAAGGCUCCCCACCAGGGGUGACAUACACUGUGAGGUAUGAGAGCCAGCAGCACCUGAGCAAGUGGAUGAAGGUUCCUCACUGCAAAGCCAUUCAGAGAACCUCCUGCAACCUGACCUGUGAGCUCCCAAACUACUUUGUCAAAGCUCGAGCUCGAGUCAAAGCUGUUUGGGGAAGCUCUCAGUCCCCAUGGGUGGAAUCAGAAUUCAAGGAGUACCACCUGGAUGUGGAACUGGCUCCCCCAGUGCUGAAUGUGACCCUGGAGGACAACUCCAUCCACGUGAAGGCCUCCUUCCCCUUGGCCUCCUGUGUGGAGAGCCUGGUUUGGAUGUAUGACCUGAAGCUUUGGAAAGCUGGCUCUGAAGACAAGGCAACAUGUAAAAGAUACUUCAGGAAGCAAACAGCAACCAUUAACACCACUGCCCUUCAGGGCAACUACUGCCUGAGUGCCAGGUCCUCCUUCCAAAGCAUUGACUUCAAGCACAGCCAGUUCUCCCAACCACUCUGUGUGCUACUGAACCACAAAGCAGUGGAAUGGAAGUUGCCCUUUGCUGUCACCAUCCCUGUGUUUGUCCUGCCCAUCUUCCUCAGCAGCCCCUUCAUCAUCUGCUUGCUGAAACAAGAUGCCAAGCAGAAGAAGGUGCCUCAUGCUCUGGAUUUAUCUCCCCUGAAAGCUGCUGGAGCAGACCUUCACUGUGAGCUCAGCACAAAGGAGUUCCUCAGGGACUAUCUCAUCUGCACACAGCUGCCAGUGUCCCAAGGGAAGACAACCAAAGCUUCAGCAAGAAACAGCCUACCACGCAUGGCUUCUUUCCUAUCAUCAUCAUCGGAGGAGGAGGGGGAGGAAGACAGCAGUGCUUUCAUCCCAUACAUUAGAAUGCCUUAUUUUCCCAAGAGACAUCUCAACUCUCAACCAUCCAGGACAGAUCAGGGGAAAAGCAGCUUGGACUCUGGAACUGGAGAUCUCUCUGUGGGCAGUGAGUCUGAGCCUGACCUAAGCACCUUGGGUUUUACUUUCUUUCCACUGAGGAAGAGUGAGGAGGACACCUCGGGAUCCCAAGCCAGUGAGAAGUCAUCCCUUUCCCACAGCUCCUCCCUGGGAAGAAUCUCUCUCACUGAUGUGAGAUUCCCAGGUCCUGAGGAGCAUGGGCAGCAGGGUGCAGGCAGGGAGGGAUGCCUGGAUGUGACCCCACGUCAAACACUGGCAGAGGGCACUUGUGCCACGCUUACAGGUGCCCAUCACCGCCUGCCUGGGCAGGACCUUCACUGCACCAGGUGUUCCCAGGGAGCAGCAGCUGAGCUGCACACCCAGCUGGGGGAGACAGCCCAGCUCCAGGAGCAGCCCAGCAGCCAGCUGCUCACUUCCUUCCAGACACUGCAGGUGGCAGAAGACGAAGGCAUUGCCAGCGACUGUGACAGCGACACUCCGGCAGCAGGGACACCUCCUGCGCCCAGGGGGCUGGGUGAGGCGUUGGGCACCGCGGGUGUGGAGGGAAAACUUCACCAGGGGGUGAGAUUCAAAGGCUAUGAGCAUGCACAUUACAUGGUAAGGAGCUAG